UUCCCGAUUGCAAAUCUAUCGGAAAAAAGCAGCGGAUCCCGAUGGCAUGGACACUUACGCAAGUUCUGCCGCGCCGCCGUGCUACUGGAGCCUAUUCGCAGUCUCUUCAGCCUUCAACCCAGCUCCACCGCCAUCGCCCCGCAGCCCUGCCGCAACGCGACCACCGACCAUCGAGCCAAAGCAGGCGGCAUGAGGAGGCUUGAUUCGGUACACUUAUCCAUGCUGCUCAUCGGGGUCUCCUUCGCCUGCUACUCCCCGAGUCUGAAUUCCCUGCAGGACCAGGCUUACAGAUCCGCCGUGGUGAUUGAGGGCAAGGUGCAGUCCGCGCCUCAGAACGUCUCAGCGGAGCCGUACAGUGUGAAUGUCAAAGUCCUGGACGUGUGGCCGCGGAACAGCGGGGGUCUGGAGCGGGAGCAGCUCGUCACCGUGGGGGAAUUUGGCUCGGAGGCUCCGUGCGCUAAAGUGAAGAAGAAUCACAAGUAUAUAUUUUUCAUGGACCCAACUGAUGAACCCUUGGUUUUUAAAGCGUCGUUUGCGCCCUUAGAUACAAGUGGGAAGAACCUGAAAAAAGAUGUGGGGAGGAUCUUGUGUGAAGACUGCGCUGUUGCUCCUACACUGAAGCAUAUGAGGAAUCCUGUGUUGGUGGACGAAGGAAGCAAGCUGAUAGUGAAGUGUGAGGCCUCCGGAAACCCCACCCCGGAGUAUAAGUGGUACAAAGAUGGCGCUGAACUGAAGAAGAGCAAAGAGAUCAGAAUAAGGAACGGCAAGAAAAACUCCAAAGUUCAGAUCGGCAGAGCAAAGCUGGAGGAUUCUGGGAAUUACACAUGUGUAGCAGAGAAUACUCUGGGGAAGGAAAACGGCACCAGUACAGUGCACGUACAAAGCAUAACCACAACGUUAUCUCCCGGUUCGGGCCACGCCAGAAAAUGCAACGACACAGAGAAGGCAUACUGUGUGAAUGGCGGUGACUGUUACUACAUACAUGGUAUAAAUCAGUUUUCCUGCAAGUGUCCAAAUGACUUUACUGGUGAUCGCUGUCAAACCUACGUUAUGGCCAGUUUCUACCAAUCUCUUGGGAUUGAAUUUAUGGAGGCAGAGGAGCUCUAUCAGAAGAGAGUCCUGACAAUCACCGGCAUCUGUGUGGCUCUUUUGGUGGUGGGCAUAGUCUGUGUGGUGGCCUACUGCAAAACCAAGAAACAGAGGAAGAAGAUGCACAAUCACCUGAGGCAGAACCUUUAUGUGGAUCAUCCCAACCGAAACCUGGCCAACGGACCCAAUCACCCAGGCCCAGGUCCUGAGGAAAUACCUAUGGUAGAUUACAUCUCCAAAAAUGUACCGGCAACUGAGAGGGUCAUUAGACACGGAGCAGAGGCACCUUUUCCUGGCAGCCGGCAGUCUUCCAGAUCCCACAACUCCUCCACCCGGGCUCAUUCCUCCACUCACAGACAUGAAGGGAGAACGUGGAGUCUGGAGCGAACAGACAGCGUCCUCUCCGACUGUCCUUCCGACAUGAUGUCGUCCUCAGUGGGGACCAGUAAAUGCAACAGUCCUGCGUGCAUGGAGGCUCGGGCCAGACGUGCCGCACACUGUGGCUUUACUGAGCCCCACCGGCCGGCCCUGCAGUACGGCGACUCUUUCGACUCGCUUGGGGACUCUCCGCAUAGCGACAGGUACGUGUCGGCAUUGACCACGCCGACUCACCUGUCUCCCGUGGACUUCCAUUACUCACUGCCCCCGCAGGUGCCUACCUUCCAGAUCACGUCUCCCAACGCCAGCCACGCCAUGUCUCUGCCCCCCGCCGCACACGCUCCCUACCCCCCGGAGGAGGACCAGCCGCUGCUGCGGCGCUACCAGGUGCCACUGCACGAGGCACGGGGCCACGAGCCCUACCGGCAGCAGCAGCGUGGCAGCUACCUGCGGGACAGCACGGGCAGCCUUCCCUCCAGCCCCUACCGGCUGGCUCAGGAGGAAGAGUACGAAAGCACCCAGGAGUACCUCUCCUCCAUGGAGCAACCAAAGAGAAGCAGUCGCCGCUGGCGCCGGUCCAGACUCAAUGGCCACGUGGCGCCACGCGGCUACCAAACGUCCCGGGACUUGGGCUCACGCACCUGCCUGUCGGACAGCGAUUCGGAGGAGGAGGAAGGUGAGAGCACGCCCUUCCUCAGUAUGCAGAACAUGAACGCCGCCGAGCCCUCCGCCCUCUACAGGCCCGUGCCCGACACACGGACUUCUCACGCCCAGAGCGGGCGGCACGGUCCACACGCCAACACACAGACCAGACUGACGCACUCGCGCCCCAAAAUGGACAAUGCACCCCACUAGAGAGACCACCACCUAUCCACAAACCCCCCCGAUCUACUAUAGACAUGCACCUAUAAGAAAUAUUUUUAUUUUAUAUAACUGACAGAUAUUAUAAACAAAUGAAAUAUUUAUUUUCAUUUUAGCAAAAGUUGUCUACUAGUUAACAGCAAAGACUUUUUUUAUAGGGAAAACUCUAUUUAUAUGUACAUUUUGAUUUACAGCAUAAAAAAAAAGAUGUGCCAAUUUUUUCACAACUUAAAAAAAAAACAACAAAAAAAAAACAAAAAUAGAGUAAUAUUGUGGUGCCUUUUGCUGUAUGCUGGUGCCAGAAGGCCAGUGGAGUUUUUUGUAGCCUUUCUUAUACGGACGCCUCAUUUUUUUAUACUCGUUUACUCUUUUGUUGUCUCUUUUUGGCCUUUUAUUUCUUUCCUUUCUUUUCAAGGUUGUGUUUUUUGGGAGCUGACCCCCAUUUGAACUGUGACAUCCCCCCCUCCACCGUCAUGCAAUAUAAACCACUCUAACAUAAGGUGUAUGUUUACAUGAAUUUGAUCCACAGAGAUGUGUUUAUGAUCAUGUUGCUUUGCCAACAGGAAAUCAAUGACAAAUGCAACCGGGGGUUCGGAAAAAGUAGUGUGUGCGUGUGUGUGUGUGUGUGUGUGCGUGUGUGUGUGUGUGAACGUGAGCGACCAAAAGCGAGAGGCCUCGAAAUGACUGUGGCUCUGAUAAAUAUGCUGCUGUUGUCUAGAGUUACACAUGUGGGCAACUGAUGUCGUCUUACAGAUGCACUGCCUUGAUUUGCUUUGCAUCCCUACAGGGUAAGGUUUGUCACACAGGAGCCUUCUUUUUUCCAAAGGGGAUUGUGGGUUAAAUGUGAGUGGGCCGUGGGCCGGGCUGUCAGUGCUAAUAGCUUUUGACAGAUAACAAAGAAAUAAAGAACAUGUAGUCUCUCCCACGCAGCCCACUUUCCCGUCACUCAGCCGAGUCGCCCUCAUUAUCAGCACAUCCAUCCGGUUAGAGCGGUCAGCGGGAGAGAUAGACGGGAGGAAUGGAAGGCCUCACAGCGUCUCAGGACUUCAUUUCACUCCACAUCUUCAUCUAGCGCAGGACUGAAGAGAGACUGACGGAUGCGUCCCCUCCAUCGUUUGGUCCUGGUACAUUGGGACAGCAAGAGUACAGGUGCUGUUCACACAAGACACGUUCUUAUUCCCACUUUCCACUUUUUGUGAUCAUAAAUGCCCAACCCUUGAAAUAUGAUGCAUAAAGAAACAAAUUGCAAUUUUGGAAAUGUAUAUAUGUGCACUUAUUCUAAAUAAUAGAAUAAACAAUGUAUGCGUGUACAGAGGCACACAUAGUACUCACAUAUUUAAUUUUUUAGAGUGGAUAAGUAUCAGUUAAAAAUAAUGGACCAAUCAAAUGAAUCUAGGGGUGGGAUAAGCAUAUUUACAGUUCGCAACAAUGGGUUGGGUUAUGAGACUUGCAUUUAACUCUUAUUUUUCAUAUUAGAAUGUGUCCUGUGUGAACAACCCUGUAACACACAAUCAUAUACACACACAAACACAGUCUCAAAUGACAAGACAAAUAGCUGUGAACAUUAUUAGGGGUCAUUAAAAUGCCAAAAUAUGCAAACUUUAUAUUCUACUUGCGUUCCAAUGCAUUUCAUUUUUAGUGUGUAAUGUUGAGGCAGUUUUGUUUUUUUAACUUCAGGUCAGUUUUUUUUUUUUUUUUACAUUAGGUCCAUAUAUUUCAUAAUUAUUUAAUAUAUUCACAGUUACUCUAAGACACCAAAUAGGGCAGGUCGUUAUAAUUCUUAUUUUAUCAUUAUUUUCCAUAUGCAACUCCAUGUCCAUUUUAAAGCACUCAUUGGGCCCAAACCAAACCAGAAACAUCUGCACUGACUGACUCUGUUUGGAUGGAAACACUCCUACAUUAACAACCAGUCAGUGUCGAUAAGCCUGAGAUGAAGUGUACUAAAAUCAGCUGUUUUUAACUCUUCACCUUCUGCAAAGAGCGUCCACAGUCAGCAUCAGCUUUCCAUCUUAUUGAGAAGAUGUAAAGAAUAAUAUAGUGCUGAGGGAAGUGAAGUUCAACAGAAAAAUGACACCAAAUAACAGAGGAAGAUUAUAACCAGACAGAUCCGUGCUAAAUAUGUUUUCGUGCACUUCUUCCAUAAAAGAGAUGAGUUGUGAUUUAACAAUAAGUCCUGAUAAAAGGGGUUAAUGCUGUAUUAUGACAGCACAAUAGAAUAUCAUGUUUUCUUAUUUUAAAUGAAGGGAUGUUUUGUUUGAAGUUUGAGGAGACAUCAUUUAGAUCCCCUACCUUUCUUCCUUACAUUUUGGGUCUUAUUUGUAUGUUUGGGGAAAUGCCAAAAAAAAAGACUCUAGUUAGUUUAAUGUGACUCUACUCAAUCUCUUGACGGUUAUGUCCUGCCAGUUUAUUUCUAUCUUUUUCGUUUCCCCCGCUUGAAACACCUCCUCACCUCUGCAUGUCCUUGUGGUCAAGGUUAGAUGGGUGCAUGGUACAAGCAGCAGAUGAUUUGUUUUCCUCAAGUCAGUGGAAGUGUAUUUUUUUUAUUUUUUUUUUUUACAUUCAGCAAUAAAAAAAGGAAUCUUUUCCCCCACCAUGUCCAUUCUUGGAAAAUGCUAGAGGAUUUUAAAAAGUGAGAACAAACACGCGCGACUGUCAUUGAUUGUAAAAAAAAAAAAAAUUAAAAUAAAAUGAAAACACCUGUUCAUAUGAGAAAAUAAAUAUUUCUUGGUAUCAUUUUGGCACAUGCCCAUA